AUGGCGAUUUUCUUUACAGCUGACAAUGGAGCUGAAACCUACCUGAAGUGUGGAGCAGUACCUGGCACAUAUCCCACGGUUGAUUUUGGUCCAACUUCAGAAGAAAACAUCAAAGCAGCUUUCGAAGCUCAACGGAAAUACAUGCCUAAUGGUUUUAUAAGGAAUUCUCAAAAAACAUGUCUGUGGUGUUGUUUCGUUCUAGGAAGAGGACCCUUAACAAAUUCUGAAUUUUAUACUGGAUGGUAUGUCAUUACUUCUUACGACUUUUUCGCCCCGAUAUCGGAAUGUGGUGACGUUAACGAAAAGUAUCUGGCUAUCCGCAAUUGGAUCAAGAGCCUUCCCAACUGGAAGAAUAAACCUUUUGACGUUCCACCCAACAACAAGCUAGUACUCUGUAGGAUAAACCUUUGA